AUGUCUGGGGAGAAGGAUUUGGAAGCACCUAAGCAGAUAGCUCCUGGUUCAGUUUCUGAAAAGAAUAUGGGGAAGGAAGGAAAUCAAUCCAAGUCAGUUCCUUCCGUGUCUGCUGUGGUCAGUGGUGUGUCUGAAACUAAACCGGCUUCCGAUUAUCCAACAGCUUUCGAUCAGGGUGUUUAUUAUCCGGCUACCAGUUGUUAUGAUUAUUACUAUACUGGUUACAAUGGCGCGUUUGGUCAGCCGGAUGACAAAAGAUUUUUGAAUCCGUCAGGUGGUUCUUACACGGGCAUUCAGUCUGAUAGUAAUUCACUCCUUUAUUUCUACCCGGGCUUUGCCUCGUAUCAAACUGGAACUGAAUACCUUCCUCAGCCUGGAUCUUAUGGGUCGGAUGCAUUUCCAUGUUAUACUUACGAUUCAACUUAUUCUGGGAAUGUCUCGAAUGGGUCAGCAGCUAGAUCUGGAUCUUUUAAGACCAUGACGGGCCCGGGCGGCUCGGGGAAAUCAAAUGGCUAUAAUGUUGCGAAAACUUCAGCUUUGCCUGUCAAUUCGAAAUUUCAACAGUCUUCUAAUUUUUCAAAGUCUUUCUAUCAAAAUCAGGCUCUGAAGUCGCUGAACAAGUUAGGUUCUGGCUUUCAGACCACCGGCCUCACAAAGGGACAUCAACCAACUUCUAAAUUCUCCUCGUUUGCAAACCGAAACCCUGGUGCUUUCAUGCAGUACUGUCCUGUAAAUUACCAGUCAAACAGCAGAGCAUGGAACAACAACUACAAAUACAAGUCACGUGAAACUUUUGGCAGGAACUCGGGUUUUGAGGCUUUAACGGAGUUAACACGCGGCCCGAGGUCCGAAGCUAAAAACAACUCAUCCGAAUUUGGUGCUGAGGCUGAAAGGGCUAUUGAAAACAAUGAGUACAACUUGCAAGAGUUUCAGACAGAGUACAAUAAUGCGAAGUUCUUUGUUAUAAAGUCAUACAGCGAGGAUGACGUUCACAAAUGUAUAAAAUAUGAUGUUUGGUCGAGCACACCUAACGGGAACAAGAAACUGGAUGCUGCUUUUUGUGAUGCAGAAGCUAAAACGAGCGAAACUGGAGUGAAGUAUCCUGUCUUUCUUUUUUUCUCGGUGAAUGGCAGUGGGCAGUUUGUGGGUGUUGCUGAGAUGAUCGGGCGGGUUGAUUUCAGCAAGAAUAUGGACUUUUGGCAGCUCGACAAGUGGAACGGGUUUUUCCCCAUUAAGUGGCACAUAAUUAAGGAUGUGCCGAACACCUUAUUGCGACACAUUAUCCUUGAGAACAACGAAAAUAAGUCUGUCACCUAUAGCAGGGAUACACAGGAGAUUGGAUUAAAACAAGGACUGGAAAUGCUGAGCAUAUUCAAGAAUUAUACCGAGAGGACAUCUGUUCUGGACGAUUUCAAUUUCUAUGAGAAUCGUGAGAAGUCGCUCAAAGGGAAGAGGAACGCAAAAGCAGCUUCACAGACCAGUGGUGACUACAGUAAGAAGCAUCUGGAGGCCCAAGCUGCAAAGACCACACAAGCUGAUCCAACAUCUCUCGUGUCUCUCACGAAAAACCUCUCACUUAGUCCUCAACCGUUCAAGAGUAGUAUAUGA